ACUUACAAGUCCUAAAACCACUUUGGCAGUUAUUGGUCUAACUGACAAUUCUCUGCCACCAUGGAGGAAGGUACAAAGUUAGAGUACAAUUCUGUAAGGAAUUGCAAAAUGAAAGGAAAAGGUGGAUUUAGAGCUUCUUCCUUCAUCUAUGGUUUUGUGGGAUUAGACAACAUUGGAUUUGUAGCAAACAUGGUGAGCAUGGUACUAUACUUGUCAUUCAAGAUGCAUUUCGACCUGAGUGGUUCAGCCAACACGGUCACCAACUUGUUAGGCUCAACAUAUUUGCUCUCUAUAAUUGGUGGUUUCAUUUCUGAUACUUACCUCAACAGAUUCAACACCAUUAUCAUUUUUGGAACUGCUGAAAUACUCGCAUGGGCGUUGAUGACAAUUCAAGCUCGUUACUCAUUUUUGCAACCAAAGGCAAAUUCAUUAGAAGGUGGAAUAGCAGUAUUGUUCUAUGUAUCAGUGUGUUUGUUAGCAUUGGGUACUGGUGGUGUUAGGGGAGCUUUACCAGCAUUGGGUGCAGAUCAAUUUGAUGAGAAUAAUUCAAAAGGAGCAGUUGGAAAAUACUUCAACUGGCUAUUGUUAAGCUCAGUGUCAGGUUCAGCUAUUGGUGUAACAAUUAUUGUUUGGAUUAGCACUAGCAAAGGUUGGUGGAUGGGUUUCCUCAUUAGUUUUGCUACUACUUUUCUUGGUUUCAUUAUUUUUAUCUUUGGAAAGCCAUUCUAUCAACUUCAACUUCCUGCUCAAACCCCACCACUUACAAGGAUACUCCAGGUUAUCGUUGCGGCGAUCAGAAACCGAAAGCUGCAAUUACCAGAUAACCCUGAACAAUUGUAUGAGAAAGACUCAGAUUCAUCAGACCCAAAAAUUGCUCAUACUAAUCAAUUCAGGUGUUUAGACAAAGCUGCAGUUGUUCCAAAAAGUGUUGAAAUAACAGAAUGGAGAGUUUGCACAGUGAGUAAAGUGGAAGAAGUGAAAAUAGUAACAAGAAUGUUGCCUAUAAUAGGCAGCACCAUUAUAAUGAACACAUGUUUAGCACAGCUUCAAACAUUCUCAGUCCAACAAGGUUAUCGAAUGAAUCGUCAUUUUGGUUCCUUUGAAGUACCAGCACCAUCAGUACCAGUCAUUCCAUUACUCUUCAUGUGUAUUCUCAUACCUAUUUAUGAUUUAUUAUUCGUCCCAUUUGCUCGUAAAAUCACAAAUCAUCCCUCUGGAAUCACACAACUCCAACGUGUAGGCGUUGGAUUAGUCCUAUCCAUCAUCUCUAUGGGUAUAGCUGCAUUGGUUGAGAUAAAAAGGAAGAAUCAAUCAUUGAAAAAUCCAUUGCAACCUAUACAUGUGUUUUGGCUAUCUUUCCAAUAUGCAAUAUUUGGUAUUGCUGACAUGUUUACAUUAGUUGGAAUGCUUGAGUUUUUUUACAAAGAAGCACCUAUUGGAAUGAGGUCACUUUCUACUUCAUUUACAUGGAUUUCACUAUCGUUUGGAUACUUUUUGAGCAGCGCGUUUGUUGACAUUAUCAACUCAGUUACUAAAAGAGUUUCUUCAAGUAAAAAAGGAUGGUUGGAUGGACAAGAUUUGGAUCAGAAUAAUUUGCAACUUUUCUAUUGGUUUUUGGCUAUUCUAAGUUGCCUCAACUUUAUAAAUUAUAUUUAUUGGGCUUGUUGGUACAAGUAUAAAUCAGAUGAUCAUCAGACCUCAGCUAAUGAUAUUGUUUUGCCUAAAUCAGCUUCUGUUAGUAGGGUGCCAUUUCUCAAGGUAGAUCAUGAAAAUGAUGUCACACUACAAGGAUUGGAGGAUCACAAGAAUUAAAUAUGUUUUUAAUUAAAUGCUUUGUCUUUGUGGGGUGUGUUUUCAUUCUUUUUGAGUUGAUUGAAAUUUAAUCAGAUUGUCAAAGCUUGAAAUUAAAUGAAGUAUCUACUGUUCAUUCA